CGACCCGGAACUCCCCCCGAGCAUCUUCCUGCUGCUUCCCGGUUAUUGGUUGCUGACGGGCCGCUGCGCCCUCCCUCGAGCCCUGGUUUGUAGCUCGUUUCGCGUUCAGUCGCGUGUUCCUUCGGCCUUAUUCCCUCCGAGAAGCGCUUCCCCACCGUGCAGCCUGCAGAUCCCCGUGCUUAUUUGUAAAUAGAACCUGGAAAUCCCGUGUAGAAUUGUUGCGUGGCGGGCAGCGGGAGCCUCUCUUGCUGGAAAAAGUCAUGGCGAAUUCGCGUGGGAUCUUCGGAAAUAAUUGGCCUGAAGUUAAUCAGAGACUCCAGCCUGUGUCUGUUGUUUACAAGUGAAAGUCGGCGUGGAACUGAGCGGCCGCGGAGGUCUGGUGGGAGAAUCGAGCUUCUAAAAGGUGGCUUGAAACAGCAUCUUCUCCACCGUUCAGAGUAAAAAAAAUAAAGAAUUCUGUGGGCAAACGAGUGCAGGCCAGCCUCUGUGCCGUUCCGUAGCGAUAGGAUCGCAGCUUGAAGUGCAGCCCCCAUUCCAAGAGGAACGAUGGGCUCCUCUUUUCUGUGCUGGGCUCCGGGCUGCCCCUGGGGAUCGCAGUGCUGUGAUACACUCAGGAGCCGAAGUGACCCGGCUAACACUGUAGAGCUGUGAGAAUCAUGUUCUCGUUAUUACAGCAUUUUAUUGCUGUUCGAAUAGAAGAACGGGAUGCGCGGUGCUGAGCGUCGCUGCUGUGGGCCGGCAGGGUGAAUGGUGCAGAACUGAACUCGGCGUUUCUAAUCUUGUUUUAACGGACCAGCUUGCGUGCAGCCGCUCCCCACCGGCUGCUGCUGAGCUCCCGGCUGGAAGCAGCUCCCCGUUCAGCCCAGCAGCGCUGCGGGAGGCACGAGGCGGCGGCCAUGUUCGUGUGAGCAGGAAGUGAGCAGAGCCAUGGCAGGCGGCGAGCGGGACUACGGCCUGACGGAGGAGCAGAAGGCUGUCAAGGCCAAGUACCCACCGGUCACCAAGAAGUACGAAUAUUUGGAUCACACAGCAGAUGUGCAGCUACACGCAUGGGGAGACACUUUGGAAGAAGCAUUUGAGCAGUGCGUCAUGGCCAUGUUUGGCUACAUGACUGAUACAGAGACUGUGGAACCUCUGGAUACUGUUGAAGUAGAAGCAGAAGGACAUGAUAUGUUGUCCCUUCUCUUCCACUUCUUGGAUGAGUGGCUGUAUAAAUUCAGUGCUAAUGAGUUCUUUAUACCCAGGGAGGUGAAAGUGCUUUACAUUGACCGAAUGCAAUUCAAAAUAAGAUCAAUUGGGUGGGGAGAAGAGUUCUCUUUACCAAAACACCCCCAGGGCACAGAGGUCAAAGCCAUAACUUACUCAGCAAUGCAGAUCUGUGAAGAAGAACAGCCAGAAGUCUUUGUCAUCAUUGAUAUUUAAAGCAAGUUUAACGAAGUGGAUGCUUGUCAGUGGCUGGCAAAACCCCUUCAGAACUGUAACCUCCGGGAAGCAACCAAGCAAUUAGCUAGUUCAAAUCAGAAGCAGGAGAGAGUUGUGGGGAAUGGCAUCCUGUGCUGUGGUGUGAAGAUGGUGAGCCAGACCAGUGCCAGCCUGCCAGGACAGAAGUAGUUGGGUCUGGGGGGAUUUGAGAUGAGGGCUGUAGGGGAUGGAAGUCCCUCAGGAACGCUGGCGGUUGGCUUCUAAGGCAGUGUAUGAAGUAAAUAAAUCAGUGGAGCUGCUACAGCACUGCCUUUUUGUUGGGUGGCAGGAAAGUGUUGAUCUACGUGACUGCAUGGGAAAACUUAACUGUAACAGUUGUGAGCUGAUGCCCCUCUUCAUGUAAUCUAAAUUACAUGCAGAGAGUCAACCUUCAUGUAGGACAGUUUCUGUUUGAAGGUCCCCCGAGGAAAAACACAAAUUAUUUAAAAAACAAAACAUUCUUCUGAGAACUUUGUCAGACCACCAGGUGGUGCUGAUUUACCACAAAUACAUUUCCAUGCACCCUGGACGCAGGUGACUGCGCAUGGAAUCCUUGCAGCUCCUUACGGCUGGGAAAAGUGGAGACCGCUUUUGUUGGCACUGAAAAAAGGGGGUUGGCAGAUUCUCUGCAGGUCUGCUCCCAUCUAAGCCUUGCGAGAGCAGGAUCUCUUCUUUUAGAAGGCAGUUUGCAUCAGCUUCCUUUUGUUUUCAGAAAGGGCAACUGCACACAACUGAGAGCCCAGCUGUCAGCCCUCAGCCGUUGGGUGUGAGGGAGGUCUGCCCUGCCCUGUGGUAAACCUAGGGGUGCUUCACCUCUGUUUGGUUGUAAAGUCAUUUUAAAUCAGAUUUUAAAGGGGAAAAAAUACAAUCUGUUGACUGGAA